UUAUUCAGAAAAAAACACAUCCCUUCCUUUCCCGGAACUAACCCUUGAUACGCCUCUCAAACAUCUACUUAAAUCGGCUUUUAUUUCAUUCAACGACAUCAAAAACUUCUGGUUAGAAAGUUAAAGUAACCUCUUUAGAAUUAAAUGUUGCUAUAAUGUUUAUAGUGAUUGAUACCCCUGAUAGUUACAAUUCCCGUCUUCGUAUCGGUUCAAUUUGCUGUGUGUGCCUUCGGCUCUCCCCCUCUUCAAAAAGCAAACUCUUUUCAUUUUGAAGAGCUCUUUGUAACUAGGCGAAGCGAACACGCUCGAGGUAUGCAGUAGCAUCUUGAGUACAUCUAGUGUCAACAACUGGUUCUAAUGAGUGAUUAGAGGUACUGACCGUAGCAUUAAGUCAGUCACUCUAAAUCAUAGGCGAGAAAACCUUGCAGGCUGAAUUUUUUCAUCGAAGGAAAAAGAUCUGAGCAAUUUUACCGAGAGCACAGACAGCAGGUUCGUUUCCACUUUCUUCAGCACGAAACAUCAAUUAAAGCUUCUUCCUGCAUCCCGCCCUCAACUUGAAGAUUUUCAAGCUGCCGACUUAGUACUCUGAUCUCUUAAGCGGCACCAAAAUGGUUUGACAUGUCGAACUUUGGAACCAAUAACGUCUUUCGGUGAGUUUGUUCUUGUCAAGUUCUUAUCAAAACGGUCGUUUUUAUUACGACGAAUCUUUACGAAGACGAAUCUUUAUGGAGUAGUUCUGAAUGAGGGAGAUGUUGAUUGUACAAACAUGGAGUUACCCCCUGCCUCAAUACCCCAGCUUCGUUCGUGUGUUACACCAGAGUGCAUUUAUAGCGCAUUGACCCCGUACAGGAAAACUCCCCAAAAAUCAACCAGGAAUAAAGCAGCUAUAUAGCCUUCAUAUUGUACCAAUUUUACCAACCGUGUCAAGUGUGAAAGAACGUCAUGACUAUUAGGGCAGGUUCGCUUUUAGAUCCAGUCAAAGUGAUAAACAGUCGAUUUUUUUUGCAGCUUGGAUAUAAGCUGUAUGUGCCAGGCUCUCGCCAUUUUUGAAGCUUUGCAAAGUACAACGUCGAGUGGCGGUUCGCAAACUUAAUUGCAGCACAACUAGUUCAAAGAAAACAACUUUUUUUGUAGCGACCACAUCAAACAGGAAUUUGGAACCUUUUGGACUUUCUAUUUCACACAGAUGUACGGACUACUUUUAGUGAAUGUGCACUGUAAAUGGUAACGCACGACCUAUGGUAUAUGCAGCGAGCUGUGAAUGAAUGUAUAACCAUCACCGACAGGUGUCAAGGAAUAGCCGUACGUACGUGUUGCUCAAAUUAUUGGACUGCUGUUACCUGGCCUCCAAUUUCCUGCCUUCAACCAUCGUCAAUGAUCAAAGAUUCAGCUUCACCAAAGACCGAGUCUUGAUGCUCAAAUUUUGAUUUGCUGAUUUUUUUUUUUGAUUUUUUUUUGCGGAGUCUGGAUCGCAGUCACGAUCAUGAACAGCUCUGAUCCCCUCGUGCGGGACCGUGGCAUCGUCACCAACCGAGACAAAGAGACAUCCCUCAGGCUGCAUCGGAAGAACUCCAUGCAACAAGAUCAUCUGGAUAAGGAGCUGAAACGACUUGACAAAGAGCAGCAGAAAUGCAUCAGGAGGACGCAUCUAGAGAAGUGCGCCAUCUCGCGGGACCAGAAGUGCCUCGUGAGCGAUCUUGGGAAGUUCACUAUCUCAGCAGAUGAUGCUCCGUCUGAUGACGAGGGGGUCGCGGACCAGACCAGCAGUGAGGAGCCACCGAAAUCUCCACCGGCUACCAGACGAAAAGAGGCAGUUCCAGAGGCGGUUCGAGCGAAGCAGAAAGUUCGCACGCGGCGCGUCUCACUUCCUGAUGAGUUGCCCGACCACCCGAGCGUUUCCAUGGCGACCAAGAAGGACAAGCAAGAGAGGUUUAUCGACCAGAGGAUGAGCCGAGAAAUCAGCAGGCUCAAGAAGGCCUCCAUAAGAGCAGACUCGGAGAGCAAAGAGUCAGACGACAGGAAGGGAAAGCCCAGGAUACCAACCAACGCCUGGUACCAUGACAAUCAGAACGCAAAAGCGCGGGAAAGAUCCUCCUCGGUGUUUGAUCGCCUGUCAGAGGGCAGCAAAAUUACUUCAAUGUCCUCUCAGCAAUUUCUCCAGAAAGUGAGGAAACAAAGGAGCCACACGAUUUCGACAUCAUCGCCUACUCGAACAAGAAGAGCUGAACGUAGAUAAGGGUGAUGUGGAUUUGAAGUGACGAUGGCGGUGUAACCGUGUAUUUGAGAGGG